UAGUCUCAGUCCACGACGAUCGUAAAAAUGCCGCUGCAGGCUCGGUGUAGGGAGCCGCUCUGGCAUUUCGAUCGAGGCGUAUUUAGUCCGGGGAGUUAAGGCCUGCCCAGCCCAGCCAGCGCGCCCCAGGGCUGGGAUCUGCGGGUGACAGCGGCCCCGGAGGGGACUCGCCUUCAAGGCGGUCCCCGUGGGGUUCCCGCAGGCACUGGGUGCAGCCCGGGCCCCUGAGCCCCGGCCCCGGGACACCAGACGUCCAAGCCCGGAUUCCGGCGCCCCCUCCGCCCCGCCCGCGGAGCCCGGUGGGCGCCGCGCGCAGCAGGGUCCCGCGUUCCCGCAGACGCGGCGGGGUGCUGGGCGAGCCGGGCGCGGGCACAGCGAGGCGCGGAAGAUGGCGGCGCGGCUCGGCCCCGGGCGGCCGCGAGGGGCCGCGAUGCUGCGCGGUCGGCUGGGCCAGCGCGGCUAGAGCGGCGCGAGGGCCCGGGCUGCGCGGCCUCCUCCCCGCCCGCUGACGCGCCCCGCCCCGCGCGCCCGCCCCUCCCCGGGCCGCGGCCGUGCCCCGCGUCGCGCUCCCCGGGGAUGGCCCGCGCGCCUAGGUGCUGCCUCUCGGAGCUCACGGCGGAGCGGCGGCGGCCGCGCUCGGGGGGCGCGCGGCUGCAGCGGCGGUGGCGGCGCCGCGCGUGAGAGGCCGCCUGGGGCCGAGCGGGCGCCGCCAACAUGUCGGAUACCAAGGUAAAAGUUGCAGUCCGGGUCCGGCCCAUGAACCGACGAGAACUGGAAUUGAACACCAAGUGCGUGGUGGAGAUGGAAGGGAAUCAAACGGUUCUGCACCCUCCUCCUUCUAAUACCAAACAGGGAGAAAGGAAACCUUCUAAGGUAUUUGCCUUUGAUUAUUGCUUUUGGUCCAUGGAUGAAUCUAAUACUACAAAAUAUGCUGGUCAAGAAGUGGUUUUCAAAUGCCUUGGAGAAGGAAUUCUUGAAAAAGCCUUUCAGGGUUAUAAUGCUUGUAUUUUUGCAUAUGGACAGACAGGAUCAGGAAAAUCCUUCUCCAUGAUGGGCAAUGCUGAACAGCUGGGCCUUAUCCCAAGGCUCUGUUGUGCUUUAUUUAAAAGGAUCUCUUUAGAGCAAAAUGAAUCACAGACCUUUAAAGUCGAAGUAUCCUACAUGGAAAUUUAUAAUGAGAAAGUUCGAGAUCUUUUAGACCCCAAAGGGAGUAGACAAUCUCUUAAAGUUCGAGAGCAUAAAGUUUUGGGGCCAUAUGUAGAUGGUUUAUCACAACUGGCUGUCACUAGUUUUGAGGAUAUUGAAUCUUUGAUGUCUGAAGGAAACAAGUCUCGGACAGUAGCCGCAACCAACAUGAAUGAAGAAAGUAGCCGAUCUCAUGCUGUGUUCAACAUCAUUAUCACUCAGACCCUUUAUGACCUGCAGUCUGGGAACUCAGGAGAGAAAGUCAGUAAAGUCAGCUUGGUAGACUUGGCUGGUAGUGAACGAGUAUCUAAAACAGGAGCUGCAGGAGAGCGACUGAAAGAAGGCAGCAACAUUAACAAGUCACUUACAACAUUGGGAUUGGUUAUAUCAUCACUGGCUGACCAAGCAGCUGGCAAGGGUAAAAGCAAAUUUGUGCCUUAUCGAGAUUCAGUCCUCACUUGGCUUCUUAAGGACAAUUUGGGAGGCAACAGCCAGACCUCUAUGAUUGCCACCAUCAGCCCAGCAGCAGACAACUAUGAAGAGACCCUCUCCACAUUACGAUAUGCAGACCGAGCCAAAAGGAUUGUUAACCAUGCCAUUGUGAAUGAGGAUCCCAAUGCCAAAGUCAUCCGGGAACUGCGGGAGGAAGUGGAAAAACUGAAAGAGCAGCUAUCACAAGCUGAGGCAAUGAAGGCCCCUGAACUGAAAGAGAAGCUCGAUGAGUCUGAAAAACUGAUAAAAGAACUAACAGUAACUUGGGAAGAGAAACUGAGGAAAACAGAAGAAAUUGCACAGGAGAGACAACGACAACUGGAAAGUAUGGGAAUUUCUCUGGAGACGUCUGGUAUCAAAGUGGGAGAUGAUAAGUGCUAUUUAGUCAACCUGAAUGCAGACCCUGCACUCAAUGAACUUCUGGUUUAUUAUUUAAAGGACCAUACCAGAGUUGGUGCAGAUACUUCCCAGGACAUCCAGCUCUUUGGUAUAGGAAUUCAACCUGAGCACUGUGAGAUUGAUAUUGCAUCAGACGGAGAGGUCACUCUUACUCCAAAAGAAAAUGCAAGAUCCUGUGUGAAUGGCACCCUUGUAUGUACUACCACCCAGCUGUGGCAUGGCGAUAGAAUUUUAUGGGGAAAUAACCACUUUUUCAGAAUUAACUUGCCUAAGAGGAAACGGAGAGAUUGGUUGAAAGAUUUUGAGAAAGAAACGGGCCCAGCAGACCAUGACAUGGAUGCAGCUAGCGAAGCUUCCUCAGAACCAGAUUAUAACUAUGAAUUUGCACAGAUGGAAGUUAUCAUGAAAACACUAAACACUAAUGACCCAGUUCAAAAUGUGGUUCAGGUCCUAGAGAAACAAUACCUGGAAGAAAAGCGGAGCGCCCUGGAGGAGCAGCGGCUCAUGUAUGAGCGGGAGCUGGAGCAUCUUCGUCAGCAACUCUCCCCUGAGCGUCAGAGCCAGAACAGUGGGCAUGACCGCCUGGCCUACAGCAGCCAGACAGCCCAGCAGAAGGUGACCCAGUGGGCCGAGGAGCGGGAUGAACUCUUCCGUCAAAGUCUGGCAAAAUUACGUGAGCAGCUAGUCAAAGCCAAUACCUUGGUAAGGGAGGCAAAUUUUUUAGCUGAGGAAAUGAGCAAACUUACUGACUACCAGGUGACUCUUCAGAUCCCUGCUACAAACCUCAGUGCCAAUAGAAAGAGAGGAGCAAUAGUAAGUGAACCAGCAAUUCAGGUGAGAAGGAAAGGAAAGAACACCCAAGUUUGGACUAUUGAAAAGCUGGAGAAUAAGUUAAUUGACAUGAGAGAUCUUUAUCAAGAAUGGAAGGAAAAAAUCCCUGAGGCAAAGAGGCUCUAUGGGAAGAAAGGUGACCCUUUCUAUGAAGCUCAAGAGAAUCACAAUCUAAUUGGCGUGGCGAAUGUGUUCUUGGAGUGCCUCUUUUGUGAUGUGAAACUUCAGUAUGCAGUCCCUAUCAUCAGCCAGCAGGGGGAGGUUGCAGGGCGUCUCCAUGUGGAAGUGAUGCGAGUUACAGGAACUGUCCCAGAACGCGUCGUGGAGGAUGACUCCUCUGAGAACUCCAGUGAAAGUGGGAGUCUGGAAGUUGUAGACAGCAGUGGGGAAGUCAUUCACCGAGUUAAAAAACUGACAUGCCGGGUGAAAAUUAAGGAGGCAACUGGGCUGCCCUUAAGCCUCUCAAAUUUUGUCUUCUGUCAAUACACAUUCUGGGAUCAGUGUGAAUCUACAGUGGCUGCUCCAGUGGUGGACCCAGAAGUGCCUUCCCCACAGUCCAAAGAUGCGCAGUACACAGUGACCUUCUCUCACUGUAAGGACUAUGUGGUGAAUGUAACAGAAGAAUUCCUGGAAUUCAUUUCAGAUGGAGCACUAGCAAUUGAAGUAUGGGGCCACCGGUGUGCUGGAAAUGGGAGCUCCAUCUGGGAAGUUGAUUCUCUUCAUGCUAAGACAAGAACACUGCAUGACAGGUGGAAUGAAGUAACACGUAGGAUAGAGAUGUGGAUCUCCAUCUUAGAACUGAAUGAGUUAGGGGAGUAUGCAGCAGUGGAACUCCACCAGGCAAAAGAUGUCAACACAGGAGGCAUCUUUCAGCUCAGACAGGGUCAUUCCCGGAGAGUUCAAGUCACUGUAAAACCUGUGCAGCAUUCAGGGACAUUGCCACUUAUGGUUGAAGCCAUCUUGUCAGUAUCCAUGGGCUGUGUGACUGCCAGGUCCACCAAGCUCCAAAGAGGGCUGGACAGUUAUCAGAGAGAUGAUGAGGAUGGUGAUGAUAUGGAUAGUUAUCAGGAAGAAGACUUAAACUGUGUGAGAGAGAGGUGGUCUGAUGCACUCAUUAAAAGACGAGAAUACUUAGAUGAACAGAUUAAAAAAGUCAGCAAUAAAAAAGAAAAAACUGAGGAUGAUGUGGAGCGGGAGGCCCGGCUUGUUGAGCAGUGGGUGGGACUGACUGAGGAAAGGAAUGCUGUGUUGGUGCCGGCUCCGGGCAGUGGAAUCCCUGGGGCACCCGCAGACUGGAUCCCACCACCUGGAAUGGAAACCCACAUACCAGUUCUUUUUCUUGAUUUGAAUGCGGAUGACCUCAGUGCCAAUGAACAACUUGUGGGCCCCCAUGCAUCGGGUGUGAACUCCAUCCUGCCCAAGGAGCACGGCAGCCAGUUUUUCUACCUGCCCAUCAUAAAGCACAGUGAUGAAGAGGUUUCAGCCAUAGCCUCUUGGGAUUCUUCAGUGCAUGAUUCCGUCCACUUGAAUAGGGUCACCCCGCAGAAUGAAAGGAUUUACCUAAUAGUGAAGACCACAGUCCAACUCAGCCACCCAGCUGCUAUGGAGUUAGUAUUACGAAAACGGAUUGCAGCCAAUAUUUAUAACAAACAGAGUUUCACCCAGAGUUUGAAGAGAAGGAUAUCAUUGAAAAAUAUAUUUUAUUCCUGUGGUGUAACCUAUGAAAUAGUAUCCAAUAUACCAAAGGCAACAGAAGAAAUUGAGGACCGGGAAACGCUGGCCCUCAUGGCAGCAAGGAGUGAGAAUGAAGGCACAUCAGAUGGAGAGACCUACAUUGAGAAGUACACGCGCAGUGUGCUGCAGGUGGAGAACAUUCUGAGCCUUGAACGGCUCCGGCAGGCUGUCACCAUCAAAGAAGCACUUUCCACUAAAGCUCGGCACCUGCGGAGAAGUCUCAGCACACCAAAUGUCCACAAUGUCUCUUCCAGUCGACCAGACCUUUCUGGAUUUGAUGAAGAUGAUAAGGUGGGUUGGCCAGAGAGCCCACUAGACAUGUCUGACUACAGCUCUAGUUAUCAAGAUGUUGCUUGUUAUGGAACUUUACCUAGAGAGUCACCUCGAAGGAGUAAAGAAGGUAGUUGUAUGUCAGACAAUACUCAUGCCUUAACAGUCAGCCCUUUUAAAGCAUUCUCUCCUCAACCUCCAAAGUUUUUCAAACCCCUUAUGCCUGUGAAAGAAGAACAUAAGAAAAGGAUAGCGCUUGAAGCAAGGCCACUUCUAAGCCAGGAGAGCAUGCCUUCAUCUCAGGCAUAUAACCCUGGCUGCAUUGUACCCUCAGGAAGCAAUGGUAGCAGCAUGCCAGUAGAACACAAUAGCAAACGUGAGAAGAAGAUUGACUCUGAGGAGGAAGAAAAUGAUCUAGAAGCUCUUAACAAGAAGCUAAUAAUUUCACAACCUUAUGUACCUGUGGAGUUUGCUGACUUUAGUGUUUACAAUGCCAGCUUGGAAAACAGGGAGUGGUUUUCUUCUAAAGCAGACUUGACAAACUCAAGGGUCUUGGAGAAAGAAGUAUCCCGUAGCCCUACCACCAGCAGUAUUACCAGUGGCUACUUUUCCCACAGUGCCUCCAAUGCUACUUUAUCUGACAUGGUGGUCCCUUCCAGUGACAGCUCAGAUCAACUAGCCAUUCAGAUGAAGGAUGCAGACUCCAGUGAGCAUUCUGGACCAACACCGGUAUAUGAUUUCAGACCAUCCUCAAUCAGAGAGCUCACAGAACCAGAAAAAGGCUUGGUGAAAGAGAAAAUAAUUAUGGUGCCACUCAAGGAAAACAGUGCCUUAGCCAAAGGGAGCCCAUCAUCCCAAAGCAUCUCUGAAAAAAAUUCCAAAAUACUCUCUAGGACCGACUUAUACUCAGAACAAGAUGCCUACCCCAGCAAGAAUGGUCAAACAUCCAGAGAAUUUUGCCCUAGGGAGGUGACCAUAGAACACACAACGAACAUCCUUGAGGACUAUUCUUUCACAGAGUUUAUGGGUGUGUCAGAUGGGAAGGACUUUGAUGGUUUGACAGAUUCUUCUGCAGGAGAGCAUUCGAGUAGGAGAAGCUUACCAAAUAAAGUGGACAAUAAAAGUGUCACAGAUGGGCAACAGGACCCUAGUCAGUUGCAUUCCUCAGCAAAAAAUGACCAGGAGAAUACAGCAACUUGGUGAAAGGCAGCAAGCACUUGAGACAACUGCAUCUUUGUCCCUGGUUACCUUGAGAAAACACCAGCUUCAUCUUUAAAACAUGCUGCGGCCCAGCUGACCUCAGACCUUCAUGGAGAAGCUAAGGGCUUCCAGAGCAACCACCUUUCUCCUCCCAGUGAGGAGAAGCGGCACUUUGUCACUCAGGUGACUCGGCAACCUCUGCUUUUUCCAGAAAGUUGGAGAACCGAGAACCCUGGAUUAAUUAAGUGGCAGUAUUUUUGUUUGCACUUGCUACACAUCCCACUGUGUAGAAGCCUCCACAGAUUCAAAUGAACUUUAUUUUGUACAGUUUUAAUCAGUUUUUACUGUAGAAUUUGGAGUCAAUGUCUAAUUUGGUUUUUUUUUUAUAAAUAAUAUAUAUUAUGUACAUGAAAUGUGUAUCUAUAGUAUGUCUGGACACAAAUAAGACUGCACGCUAAAAUGCAGACAAAAGUGGUUUGUAUAAAAUCAUAAGGUACUGAAUUUUAUAAAGACGCAACUUGGACAGUCUCAUAUAUGAGCAGAUGAAAAAGAUUGUAUUGUCUAAAAUGAGGUUGCAACUCUCUCUUUGUGGAAAAUACAAAAUGCUGUUCUUUAUAACCAAAGAACUCACAUAAGACUGAGCAAUUUUGCUGUCCACUCUUGUUUUCUGUGUAUAUAUGUUUGACUGAAAAAAUCGGUGCCAUGCUCCUCUUGGCUACCAGGCCACUAUACUGCCGUUCUCUGUCCUCUGUUUCAUAAGCACACUGAAAAACUUCACAACUAUAUUCUUUGCUUUUCCACCUGGCCCACCACCUACUGACUUGACAUUGUAUUAUAACCAUUGACAAAUGACUGAGGCUCUGACCCCAGCAUUCCUUAGUCCUUGAUUCAGCCUAGCCAGGCAGGUGGAACAGAGAACAGUAUUACUGUAAGGAAACACAAGAACAAACCUAGAGAUGGGUUUGGGGUGGGGGAGGGUGUUGGAUUUUGUCUUUUUUUUUUGGUGUGGUUUUGUUUGAAUUAGUAGGCUUCACCAUGGUGUGGUUUUGCUGUGUUACUUAAUUCCAGGAAAUCCUAAAGAGAUCGAAUGAAUUAUAAUUGCCAUGGAUGCUCGCUUCACCUUGUUUGCAGAUGAUUGAAUACAAAUGACCCUGCUGUUCAUAUCUUCAUUUGUAAAAUCCUACUAAUGGAGAUGUUGAAGGUCUGUAUGUGCAGCAAUUUUCACAAAAGUACUUUAUGUACCUGUUCUGUAGAUGUCUAUACAACUGGUCUGGAUGUUCAGCAAUACAUGUGAGAGCGAGAGAGGGACUGUGUACAGCCCACUGUAUACUUUUUCUUUUAGUUCUUAGCAUCAGGAAAUGAGUAAGAUAUUGAAGACUUGUAAUGAAAAGCUGCUGUUCAUGGUUGUUUGUGUAUAGUGAGCUGACUGUAGUACUUUACUAUUGUCUGUUUUUUAAAAAAAUGUAAUUUAUAGCCCCUUUCAACUUUAUUGUAUUUAAUUGGUACAGAGUUUGUGUGUGUUUUAGAAUACAAACUGUCGUAUUCAGAUUUCAAAACAUCAGUUGUUCGUAUUUAAUAACUUUGUCACUAGUUUCUUCUUUUGCCAUUACUUUCAAAUCUCAUUUAAUAUAUUUGUACAUAUGUAUGUCCUGUGGCAUUUACCAGUAGAAUCAACAACAAAGA